AUGGAAGACAUCUUGUUUUACACAUCCCUCACUCUUAUCUUCAUCCUAUUUACCUUCAAGUUCUUGGUCCAACCAAACCGACGUCGUUACAAAAAGCUUCCACCAAGCCCACCUUCACUUCCAAUCCUUGGCCAUCUCCACCUCCUAAAACCCCCAGUCCACCGAACCUUCCACCGCCUCUCCCAAAAAUACGGUCCCGUUUUCUCGCUCUGGUUCGGCUCACGCCGCGUGGUCAUAGUCUCCUCCCCGUCCGCAGUCGAAGAAUGCUUCACCAAAAACGACAUCGUUUUAGCCAACCGCCCUCGCUUGCUCUUGGGCAAGCACUUAGCCUACAACCACACCACAGUCGCCGCCGCCCCUUACGGAGACCACUGGCGCAACCUCCGCCGCAUUGGCGCCACCGAGAUCUUCUCCACCGCCCGACUCCAGACGUUCUCCGAAAUCAGAAAGAAUGAAGUCAAACACUUAUUACUUAAACUCUCACAAAACGCAAGUGACGGUUUUGCAAAGGUGGAGCUCAAGUCCAUGUUCAAUGAGCUCACGUUUAACAUCAUAAUGACAAUGGUGGCGGGUAAGAGGUACUACGGCGAAGACGUGUCGGUCGACAAAGAAGAGGCCAAGCAGUUCAGGCAGAUUAUGAGCGAUGCGUUCUCUUAUGGCGGCGCAGCGAACCCAGCUGACUUUUUGCCGAUUUUGAAUUGGGUUGGGAGCGGUGGAUAUGAGAAGAAGGUGAAGACCUUGGCUAAGAGGACAGAUGAGUUCUUGCAGGCUCUGAUUGAUGAGCACAAGAGUAAGGGUAAAAAUGGUACUACAAUGAUUGACCAUCUUCUUUCCCUGCAAGAGUCGCAGCCUGAAUAUUACACCAACCAAAUCAUCAAGGGCCUUAUUCUGGUAAUGUUACUAGCGGGUACUGAUACAUCGGCAGUGACACUGGAAUGGGCCAUGUCCAAUCUACUUAACAAUCCGCACGUGUUAAAAAAGGCUAGAGUUGAGCUAGAUGCUCAACUAGGCCAAGAAAACCUAGUGGAUGAACCAGACAUCUCUAAACUACCCUACCUCCAAAGUAUCAUCUCAGAGACCCUCCGUUUAUGCCCAGCAGCUCCAUUGCUAGUACCUCAUUUGUCGUCCGAUGACUGUACUAUUGGAGGAUUCGAUGUGCCACGUGACACAAUGAUAUUGAUCAAUGCAUGGGCUCUGCAUAGAGAUCCUCAACUGUGGGAUGAUCCUGAAAGUUUCAUGCCUGAGAGGUUUGAAAGUGGUGGCGAUUUGUCCCACAAACUCAUUCCGUUUGGGCUUGGAAGAAGGGCUUGCCCUGGAAUAGGUCUGGCCCAACGUGUGGUGGGCUUGACGUUGGGGUCACUAAUUCAAUGCUUUGAGUGGGAGAGAAUCGGUAAGGAGGAGAUUGCCAUGGCUGAAGGUAAAGGACUCACCAUGCCUAAAGUUGUUCCACUGGAGGCUAUGUGUAGAGCACGCUCAGUUAUGACUAAGGUGCUAUCUUGA